AUGAACCCACCUGCAAGAGCACUCUCGUAUAUUGCUAGUCUGUCGUCAAAACAAGUCCGGCAGUAUAUCCGAAAAUAUGGCGUUCAAGCCGUCCUCGCUGCGCAGCAGGCCUACGCUCAAUGGAGAGACGGGCGGGCCUCCAAACAGAAAGAGCAAACCUACAAGAGCAUCGAAGCCGCCAUCCCAGAAAUAAUCGAGAGCGUCGAAUCCAAGGAAAUUCGUGUCGUUCCAGAGGCCUUCAACUCCUCCGCUCCAUUCAUCGCCAAGUUCCAGGGAGCAGCGCUCGUAUCAAUAGCGCUGGCGCUUCUGGACCUUUCGGCCGCCGUCAAACGGGUCGGCUCGAGCCUCGAGGCUAUACAAAACGAGCUUGCGGUCGCCAACGUUGCGAGAAUACAAGGCUGGGUGACGGACGGAUUCGGCGCCCACGUGUAUCGAUUCGUUCGGAACGAGAUGGCGCAGGCUAGGAAUAACCAGGCUCAGGCUGGGGAUAACAGCGGCGAGGAAUCCCAGGGCGGGCAACAGGACUGCUUCUACGUCUGGCAUCCAGAUACAGAUUGGUAUCCUGUUUUCGAAAAUAUGAACGCGGCGAAUCCACUCGGUCCUCAAUUCGGCGGUUAUCACCGUGACCUGCCGACUAUUUGCAUGCGGAUGAGGACUGAUCGGGAGACUCUUGUCCAGCAAGGACGGGGACCUCACGGGCGUACCGCUACAUUCCAUCUUCUUAUCCCAGCUUACAAACCGCUCGUCGUUGACUAUCCCAUUACUUUCCAUGAGGGUCUGCUUCCACUUACGAUUACUGGGCAAAGACAUCGUGAAGCAGACCUUGUCUGGUUGGAUAUUUGGCGCGCGGGGGAGCUGGAGGGAUUGAAUCUCAGAUGCGUGGGUAACUUGCCACCAAGAGACAACAUCUAUGAACAGACGGCGCGUGUAAGCAUCGUUGCUGGAAAGCUUGGCUUUAUAGUAUGUGCAGGUGCAGCGGCGGUUUUCCCUCCUUGCGCCCCUAUAGCAAUGCCUGCUGCAGCAUCGUGCGGGACAGGAAGUAGUUUCGCGUCACUCGGUGCAAUGAUUGUCAGUAUACUUUGCGCAAGGAAGGAGAUUUGCAUUCUAGGCAAUCCGAUUAUGUUUACAGAUGAGGCCUGA